GGCACGCAUCAUCGACCUUUCGUCUCUCUCCCGGCAGUAGCGUACGUCCCGGACACAGCACACAUAGCAAUCAUGGAGACAUGUCCUUCCUCGGCGGCCUUCUUCGGCUUCAUGGGCGUUGCUUCGUCCAUGGUUUUCGGAAACAUCGGCGCCGCUUACGGAACCGCCAAGUCUGGCGUGGGUAUCUCCUCGAUGGGUGUGAUGAACCCCGGACUCGUCAUGCGUAACAUCAUCCCCGUGGUUAUGGCUGGUGUGCUGGGCAUCUACGGUCUUAUCGUGGCGGUUAUCCUCUCGGGAGCAAUCGGAAUGCCAUCGGACACCGGCAACACGUUCUCAUCUUUCUCGGGGUACGCCUUCCUCGCGGCAGGGCUCUGCUGUGGGCUCAGCGGUCUGGCAGCAGGCAUGGCAAUCGGAAUCGUAGGAGACGCAGGGGUACGCGCUGUGGGUCAACAGGAGCGCCUUUUCGUCGGCAUGAUCCUCAUCCUCAUCUUCGCCGAAGCGCUGGGCCUCUACGGAAUGAUUGUAGCCCUCAUCCUGUCUCAGCAAUCAUACAGUUGCGAUUCCUAGGUGUCGUAUCUACAAAGAAUUAGCCGCUCGGUAUUGCGGUGGGCGGGUGCCGAUUUGUAGCUACAGCGGACUAGGUGGGCGGGUUGAGCGCCCUGAGAUGCGCGAGAAAUUCCCAAGCAUUCAGCAGAAGUUUCUCGCGGGGAGAGGCCCAGCAGGAGGAAGAGGACAAGAGGUUGGGUGGCGGGUAGAUGACGUUUUAGUUUUCGACCACGAGUUGCUUUGGGCCCUCUAGGCCUGUGCGUCGCCUAUAGUUUCCCUCUUGUUUUUCUCUGUUGGCAGGUGCGAAAAUUCUGGUGUGCGGCCGCUUGAUUUUUGCCCAGGUGUGUGGCGUAUAAAAUAUCGCCUGUGCCCAUCGGCGUUGAAGCAGUCGUUGUUUGAUACUGGGUCUCUCUGGUGCACGGCGAGCAGAGGCCGACACGCCUAAACUGUAUACUUUAGGAUUGUCAGGAGGCAGGCGGGGGUGGUUUGAUGUGCAAGAAGCUACAUUACGUAGUUUCCUUGUUUGUUUGUUUUUGGGGGGGGCUUUUUUGGAGACCACCUUUCUGCUCGCGGCUCCCCCUAACUGAGGGUAUGCGUGCCAAAUAAUAGUUUCUCGAAGGUGCUGGAGAAACUUGUGUACCCACUUCAUGCUAGUGAGAGGGAGGCAAAGACCGAGAUGGACAGCCAACGAUGGUUUGGCCAUUUGUUUCUGGUUAUCUCUGGGGGCCGCCCCCCCGUGAUCGACCGCGGCAAUUGGCGCCCCCAAAUGUCCAAGAUCGUUUGCCGCGCCAUCACGUUGACAGCACGAUGUGUUGACUGUCUCUACCUCCCACCAAUUGGUGCCAAUGUUGGGUGGCGGGGCCCACAGCUUGUUUUCAGUCACACAAAACAAUCCAAUUGCAAAUUAUGUCAUCAGCAGCCAUCCGCGCUGCCUGGGGACCGAAAGCAAAGAAACCUGCUUACAACACAAACAACCCAGAUAUCACACCACCGUUUUAGACGAACUCGUUCACGAGAACCUUUCAGCACAGGCCAGGUUGAAGCCGUUUUGUGGAGCGCGCGCGUACUGCCCGACGAGGGUUCCGCUCCUAGUGCUACUUCUGGCUCCAAGCCUCGAACCGCUCGAGACCAAAAAAUAACAGAACUCCUCGUCUUCCCUCUUUUUGUUUCACUUUCGACAACAAACAUUUUCCCGACUAUCUACAGUUACCUGCCGUCCAUCAACGAAAAGUCCACAAAGUUCUUCAGCGUGACUGGCUCGCCUUUCGGGAUGCUUGUGAGCGCGGCAUGGACAUCGUGGCAGCACCACGACUUGCUUCUCGCCGCGUCCACUCAUGCAGUCAUGGCAAGAAGGGAGCAUAGCACGCACAAAGGCUUCACAAACUCUAGCAGUCAUGUCGUGAGCACAACAAACUCUGACCACCGCAACUAAUAAAAACCAUGCAACACAUUCAAACGACCAACUUUCGGAGUAUUUACUAAUGGGCA